GUUAUAACCUACAUUUCAAUUUUUCCCUCCAAUAUUUUAAAGUUCGUUAGUAGUUGGUGAUAAUUUGAAGGGCCGGUUGUUGUGUUGUAAAAUUUUGCAAAAGCCCAGUCUUUUGGAAGAAUGGAGGCGAGUGGUGGUACCGUGACUUCAAAAAAUGAAUCUAUGGAAGCUACCGUUAACUUAAAUCUGCCAUUGCCAAAAUCAAAACUGAAUCAAAUUGAAAAAGAAAUGUUAGAGAAAGAGUUGAUGGAGAAAAGACGUGUGAAUGCUUUGCGUCAAAUGAAUUAUCUUAUUAAAAUUAGUGAGAAAUAUUCGGAACAUUUUAAAAGAAACAUUUCAAAAUAUCAAAUAUUGACAGAAAGAACCACUUCAAAUACAGAUAUGGGCGAAAAUAACAGUGGGGUUGGAAAACUUGUUGGGAACAAAAAGAAGGAUAACGAUUUGGAUAUUAAAAAUUGUCUGGAUCUUUUUAAGGGAAAGUUACACCAGUAUCAGCUUGAAGGAGUUACUUGGUUGCAUAUUCUGUAUUCAAAUGGAUUUAAUGGAAUACUAGCUGAUGAAAUGGGCUUGGGUAAAACAAUCCAAGUGAUAGCAUUAAUUUGCAUUCUUCUGCAACAAAAUACAGGAGGCCCUUUUUUGAUUGUUGCUCCAUUAUCAGUUGUACCCAAUUGGUUAAGUGAGUUUAAAAGAUUUGCACCUGCAAUCCCUGUGAUAUCUAUCUGUGGUUCUGCUGACAAUCGACAGGAGAAUUGUAAAUUGCUCUAUAAACUAAGCAAGGUGGGCAAAUGUCUUACUCACCCAGUUGUUAUUGUAUCCUACCAAACACCAUUGCUCGAGUUCAAGACUUUGCAAAAAUUUUGCUGGAGGUAUAUCAUUGUUGAUGAAGGUCAUCGAAUUAAAAAUCAUAAUACACAACUGGCUCAGGCGUUGAGGAAACUUAAGUCUGAAAACAGGUUGAUACUAACUGGUACACCACUGCAAAAUAACAUCGUUGAGUUAUGGGCUCUUCUAAAUUUUCUUUUGCCAGAUCUAUUUAAGGACAUUAACACAUUUACUGAUUUACUGUUUCUAGAAGAUAUGCAGGACCAAACGAAGUUACUAGCGAAGGAGCAGUCUGAUCACAUGAUCUCCAGUAUCCACAAAGUUUUGGCUCCCUUUAUGUUACGAAGACUGAAAAAAGAUGUUCUUGAUAAUAUGGUUCCAAAAAAGGAGGUUACUGUUUUUUGUCCGAUGUCACCAGUUCAAUUGCAACUUUACGAUUAUGUUAUUAACAGGAACUUGAGAGCAUUGCAAGGUCUCAAUGAAGAAGAAGAAAUAAUUUUGGACCAACCUAGAAAAAAAAGGAAGUGUACUAAUAAAGUCAGAAGUUACCAGGAAUUGUCCAUCGACAAUGAAGAAGACGCGUCAAUGAAUUGUGUUGAAGUGUUAGACAUCAAACCGAAAGAUCGAGAAACUAUAAGCAGACUGACUAUGCAGAGUCCACUUAUGAUGUUCAGGAAAAUUGUUAAUCAUCCAUACUUGGUCCAUUUUCCUCUUGACCCAUCUAGUUCUACCAAACAGUUGUUGAUUGAUGAAAAUCUAGUCAAUUCCAGUGGAAAACUUAAAGUUCUAGACACAUUAUUGCCGAAGUUGCAACAACUUGGACAUAAGGUAUUACUGUUCAGUCAAUUUGUGAUACUGCUGGAUUUAAUUGAAGAUUAUCUGAUCAUGCGUGGGUAUGGCUAUGAAAGAUUAGAUGGAAGUAAAAAACUUGACGAGAGAGCUGAUUCUAUAGAAAAUUUUAAUAAAAACCCUAAAAUAUGCGUGUUUCUCCUUUCAACAAGAAGUGGAAGUCUAGGUUUAAAUUUAACGAGUGCGGACACCGUAAUCUUUUUUGAUCAUGACUGGAACCCACAAGCUGACAUUCAAGCUCAAGAUAGAUGUCAUCGUAUUGGACAAACCAAACCCGUUGUUAUUUAUAAUUUAGUCACUAAAAAUACAAUCGAUGAAGCUAUCAUUAACCGAGGAAAAAUGAAAAAAUUGUUGGAGAAGGUGAUAAUAUCAGAAGGUAAAUUUAAAACCAUUAUGAGCGAUGACAGAAUCAGAACUGAAGAUGUUCUCCUUGAACUUCGGCAGGCCUUGCAGACGUCCAAUGAUGAUACUUACGUAUUCAAUAACAGUGUACAACUAGGAAAACUUUUAGAUAGGUCUGACCUGCAUAAGAUUUUAAAAAAUCGAAAGAAAUCAAUGUUAAAAGAAAAUAUAAAUGUCAAAGAGAAGACACCUAAGAUAUAAAACUACAACAAAACCAACCAGUAUAAUUAAUUAAUUGUGAUAAUUUAUAAAUGUAGCUUUAAGUUUUUAAUGUUAAUGUUUAGUUGUCGCUAGUUUUAUUUGUAUAGACAAUAUUUGAUAUUUAUUCUAAUUGGGAUGAAAGUGUUUUUCUUAAAUUGUGUUAUUUUUUAAUAUAAGCUUUUGAAAUAUCUUUUAUUUCUCAUUCAUAUAAAAAGAUUUUCUUUGAAGGUGCUGUGAUUAUUAUAUCAAUUGGAUAGGGGACAAAAUGAAAUAUGUCCUCAUAACUUAAUUUAAAGAAAAACAUGAGAAUGUUUUGGAUAUCUGA